AUGUCUUCUGAUAGUAAUGGUAUUGGUGCCGGUGCUGGUGCCAAUAGCUGUUCACCUAACAAUAAGAAACAGAAGAUGUCUCCUUCCGUAGCAUCUCUUCUGUUGGACAAGAAUGAGAUUUGGAUCCAAGGCAUUCUUCCCCUUGUUGGUGUUGGACAGUAUGCCUUUGUAGGAGCUGUCAACAAAAAGAUGAAUCAACUGUACAAGGAAUACUGCAAAAUUGAACUCGAGAAAAAUCCAAGAGCGGUAAAAGAUAGGCCGUACUGGUAUUCGGAAGGUCGCUCUGCUGGAAGCACCGAUACUCUGUACAGUGAAACUUUCUCCAACCAGCAGCGAGCAGAAGUUUGGCUCAAGGACAAUUCCAGCAAUAAGACACCUGCUCGUGAAGAUGUUUGCACUGAAAUUGCCAAAAAUGGAAAUAUUACUGUCAUGCAGUGGGCACGACAAAAAGGGUUCCGAUGGAAUGAGCCCACGUGUGCCGGAGCUGCGGAAAACGAUCAUUUGGAAAUGCUGCAAUGGUUAAGGGAGAAUGGCUGUCCUUGGAAUGCAGAUACAUGUGCCUGUGCUGCUCAAAGCGGACAUUUUGAAGUUUUGAAGUGGGCUCGUGAAAAUGGGUGCCCAUGGACUACACGUACAUGUGAAUGUGCUGCUCACAAUGGACAUUUGGAAAUUCUAAAGUGGGCUCGUCAAAAUGGCUCUCCGUGGAAUAAAUAUACAUGUGCUACUGCUGCUUCAAAUGGCCAUUGGGACAUUUUAAAGUGGGCUCGUGAAAACGGUUGCCCCUGGAAUGCAGAUACAUGUUCUUCUGCUGCUGAUGGUGGUCAUUUGGAAAUUCUGAAGUGGGCUCGUGAAAAUGGGUGUCCAUGGGAUGGAGAGACAUGUUUCAGUGCUGUUCGAGGUGGUAAUUUGGAAGUUUUGAAGUGGGCUCGUGAAAACGAUUGUCCAUGGGAUGAAAGUACAUGUGCCGGUGCUGCUGAAUAUGGCCAUUUGGAAAUUCUAAAGUGGGCUCGUGAAAAUGGUUGCCCAUGGAAUGAGCAGACAUGUGCUGAAGCUGCUCAAAAUGGGCAUUUGGAAAUUGUGAAGUGGGCUCACGAAAAUGGAUGUCCUUGGGAUGAACUUACAUGUGAAGAAGCUGCCUCAAAUGGGCAUUUGGAACUUUUAAAGUGGGCUCAUGAAAGCGGUUGCCCGUGGGAUGUAUGGACAUUUUACGCUGCCCACAGGAAUAACCAAAUCGAGGUGAUCCAGUGGCUACGUGACAAUGGCUGCCCCGGAUCUCAAGAAAGAGGAUUCUAA